AGUCUUCGUGGUGUUAUACAGUAUUUAAUUGGGAUUCUCGUUUAAUAAAAAAUUAUUAAUUCAUUAGCAUUUGAUUAAAUGCCAUUAUAACGUGGACCUCACUAAAGUUGUACAUAAUCCUGCAAAUAUUGUGAUCUACAUCAAUUGAGAAAUAAUGUAAUUUAAUAUAAUCUGAACUCUUGUUGGACACAGCAGUGGUGUGAUAAUGGCGGACAUCCAGCAUUUGGCUCUGCCUGUGAUGAUGGUGGUCAUUUUGUUUGGCUCAAUUAUGUUGGCACCAGUGGAUGCCAUACAACGCCCUCAAACUGCAAGACGUCGCACUGAUGGACGCACUCAGACUGCAGGACGUCCCAGCUCUACUGCAGCAUCACCACGUCCAAUCAAAGACUACAUUGCAAGAGUUGUCUAUAAGAGUUUGACUACCAAAUAUGUAUAUGAAGGAAAACCGACUGCGGAUAUUGAUCCCAUCACGAUAAAUCAAGUAAGACAGAAAAAAAACAAAAAAGGCCAAGGAUAUGACUACAGUAAUAAUGGACUUCUGAUUGCUCUUAGUGGUCAUUCAAAUUCAAUAACCUUUGAGGCUUUACGUGAUAAAAUAGCAAGCGAAAAUUAUGGAUUGAUGGAAGCAGCACUCCGACUCUGUGUCUACGAAGACAUGUGGAGAAAGAACGAAUUGGAAAUUUUAUUAGGCCUACCUGCAGAUAAAACUACGCAAUUGGCCAACAAAACUCAAUCUUAAUGAGUCUACUGAUUUUGUAACAACUAAGAGAUUGGCAGAACAGCUCCGAAAGGACUAUGUUACAGCUCCGUCAAAACUAUAGUCGUCAAAACUAGUCGAAGAAGAAGAAGAGAUAGGAGACGUCGAAGCAGUAGAAGAAGACGUAGAAACCCGAAAAAAUUGGUUGAAGAUUAUAAUAAAAAAAGUUUAUUUCUCUUUGUAUAUCGUAGUAAAAUACAAUUCAACCAUAAAAAAGC